AAAAAAUGAACAAAUAAUUUCAAGAAGAUAACAUAAUAAACUACUACUAGAUCUCUAACCAGACAAAGAAGAACAUACAAAUAAAGAAAAAAACUUUUACAAACUUUAUACAAAAAAAUAUGGUUACCAUAUCAUUGUCUAAUUAUUAAAAGAAGUAUCUAUUAAUUAUGCUUUUUUAUAAAAUUGUAUGAAACAAAGAAUUGUUAAGAUAUUUUUGUAAAUAUUUUAUUUAAAUUCAAAUAUAUUUGUAUGAAUUUCUUGGAGGAAAGAAAGUGGGCUAAUAGUUGUAAUAAGAAUUCUGGAAUGUACUGCAGGAUGUUAUAACGAAUUACAAAGGAACCAAUAUAAUAUUUAUAUAAAAAAAAAAAAAUAUAGCGUAAUAACAAAAUUGUGUAACUUAAAUGUAUAACAAAUAAAAAUAAUUGUUUACAUGUUUUAGUACAAAUUAUAAGAAUCCUAUAUAUUUUGUGUAUCAAAUUUGAUAACAAUUAAUUUAUACAAAUGUUAACAGUACAAAGCUAAUAUAAUUUAUAAUAAUAGAUGUAACAUAGUGUUCCAUUUAUUUACAAUAAAGUUUUGUACACUGAUAUUCAUAGCAUGAUUGUUAACAAUGUUUAAGAUUUGUUAUUAAUGAUUUUGUUAAUUGAUUAGGUUAUAAUUUCACAAUCGUGUAAAAGAGACUUAACGACUGACUAUUAUUAUACAAUUUAAUAUUAUUAUUCGAUAAGAAAAUAACGAUAGCUUUUACACAACGGAACAUUCACCCUAAUUUAGUCGGUAAACAACUGGCACGCAAGGUGGUCAAACGGGAUUCCCACCGUGGCUAUUCUUAACCAGACCAGGCUAAUAUUGAAUCCGCUCAAUUACUUCCAGCUAUACUCGCAUCGCUAAUAAAUAUAACUGUUAUCAUCGAUUUUUUAAUUCCUUUUUUCUAUCCCAUAGUACGUUCAAUGAAUCGGUCUUUUACGUUUGAACGAAACAUUACAAAGAUAAAUUUUUAUUCCGUAAAAAGAAGAAAUAAAACAAAAAAAAAACAUUUCAAGCGAAAAGCAAUUUUACGUUUAAGCGUUAAAGAAUUUGGCACACAUCAAUGUGCGUCUGUUCCCAUCUAUAUUGGGACACGUAUGAUACAUGUAAUUUCCUGAAAAAGUUACAUAAACAUAUUCAUAUGUAAAAAAGACGAACGAAAAAAAAAAAGAACGAAACAAAUGAAAAAAAUGUUAUUCGUUUGCAAAGCAUCGUCAGCAGUUUCGUGUCGACGUACUUUUAUUUACUCGCGGGAAAGAGAAGCCGGUCGUCGGUUGAGAAGAAAGACGCACAUUGUGAACGCGCAGGAAAGAAACAAGACCGCGAAGAAGAAGAAUGGCCGGGUUAAAAAUAGCGGCGCGCGUUUUCAAAUAAAAACUGAUAAGCAACCUGCAGGAUAAUGAUUAAGGAGAAGCGAAAAAGAAGAACCGAGAGCAACAUCAGGAGGCGGUAAAAAGCAGCAGGAAAGAACGUACCUCGAUAAAAAGAAGAUUCGCCAAAGCCAAACCACAACUGUUCUCAGGUAGAGAGAAAGAAGAUUCUCGCCGAUAUCAUCUUGGCCCAAUGGAAUAAUAUAUCGAGUAUAAUGCGUGAUGGUCAAGUUUCGUCGCGUGUGUUGGUACCAAUAAAGGUGAGAACCGGUGGUGUGUACAGGGCUCUGGAAGGAGGAAUCUCCCACCCUGUAGCUUUUACCCAUGCGUUUCGCAUGAUUUACCGACCAUACAAUCAAGUGCAUCUAACACCAAAUGGACAAGUGAACUCAGCGAAAUUCGAAAUGUUCCAACGAAUUAAUUAAAAUUUCAUUUGUGACACUGCGUACGGAGUUAACUAGACGCUCGCAAUACCGAGGGCAACCUUCGGGUGUCCCUCCGCCUCCAGCUUGAGCUGGACUGAAAGAAAAGGAAGAGGGAAAGGAACGAGUUCUUCGGUGCCUGGUGCACAGUCUAGUUCAAGACUCACGAUGAUAGUGAACGUCCCAUGAAGAUUCCUCCGGCCGGUUUCCCUUCUCUCUCUUUCUCUCUCGAAAACCAUAAGCUAGUGACACAGAGGACCGUCCUAAGUUUUCGUACCGGCUCGCGGGAAAAACUUUGCAGGUGAAUUUGAUCAGCUGUAUUCCACCGUCACUCUCUCCGCCAUAAUGACGAUGAAAAGUGUGAAAACGAAAUUGGUACCGCCGGACGGAGGAUGGGGAUGGGUGGUCCUUUCUUCGGCUCUGGUGGUCAACUUCCUAAUCCCAGGAACCGUGAAGUCGUUCGGUGUCCUGUUCGUCGAGUUCCUUCACGUUUUCAAAGCCUCCUCCACAGCUGCCUCGUGGAUGCCAGCGUUAUGCUACUUCUUAUACAACUCGUUAGGUCCUCUGUCGAGCAUACUAUCCACCAGAUACUCGUACAAAGUGGUCACCAUAAUCGGUGGUGCAUUUGCAGCCUGUGGAAUGAUGUCGAGUUAUUUCGCUAACUCGGUCUCGUAUUUAUACGUCAGUUACGGAUUGAUGGUUGGGAUCGGAGCUGGAUUAACAUUUCCUCCAACGGUGUAUAUCGUAACGUCGUACUUUGAAAGACUUCGAGGUUUCGCUAAUGGUCUGUGCAUUUCCGGUAGCGCGAUCGGAACCAUCGUCCUACCACCGUUCUUGCAAUAUCUUCUCGACUGUUUUGGUUACAGAGGCGCUGUAUUAAUUAUGGGCGCGCUUACGUUGAAUACAUUAGUUUGCGGUUUGCUCUAUCAUCCUGUUGAAGAGCAUAUGAUUUCUGUGCCGAUCGAGAAAGGAAUCGACAAUGAGGCGUUAACCAUUGAUGAACCGGUCGUCGAUAAAAAAAAACAAACAGAAACUCAAAUCUCGUACGACGAUGCUGGUUCAGAAAAAGAAAAGCAGUGCAAAGAUGAAACCAUAAUCGACGAUUCUAAGGUGGAUCAUUGUUCGAAAGACAGUAAAGAGGACACAAGUGAAAAUGAAAAAGAUACUUCGAGUAUAAAGGACAAAGAUUCCAACAUAAAAGAAGGAGAUGCUUUAAACGAGCAGGUUGUAUCGCAGAGAGAAAGCAGCGCAUCUGAAAUUGAUCCAACGAGCGAUAAAUUGAAGAGUGAAAAAUCGGACUUAAAUAACCAGUUAAAGGAUACGAAGAAAGAUGAGAAAAUUUGUGAAAGUUCGAAAAAAGAUUUUGGAGAAUUAUCCGAAAAGUCAACGUCGAAAACGUCGUUGUCCAAGGUAGAGGAAAAAAAAAGUAGAUGUCAUUUCUUUGAUCUGAGCGUGCUGAGGGAUCCGAUUUAUUUAGUUAUUCUUAUCUCGAAUUCCACCUCGGCUAUUAGUAAUACCAAUUUUAUGAUUCUAUUACCGUCCUACGCUAUUUCCCAAGGUUUUGAUAAAAAUUCGUCCGCUUUGCUUUUGUCAGUCGUUUCGGCUCUUGAUUUAGUUGGAAGGAUCAGUGGUGCUUCUCUGUCGGACAUUGAUUUCGUGCCAAAAUAUUACUAUUUCGUUGGUGGACUUGGAACUAGCGGGAUAGCUUUGGCACUCCUACCAAUGGCGACAAGUUACGCGAUGCUUUCAUUUUUCUGUGCACUGUUUGGUCUGUCGUCCGGCAUGUACAUUGGGAUCACAACGGUGAUCUUAGCUGACAUGCUUGGUACUGAAAAACUUAGCUCAUCGUAUGGAAUAUCUUUGUUCGUUAACGGUGUUUUACAGCUGGUGGGUCCACCUAUUUGUGGUGUUGUAUUUGAGGCUGUAGGAUCAUACAAGCCAAUCUUCUUAUCUUUUGGUAUCAUACUUAUCCUGGGAACCGCAUUAUGGGCAGUGGUCCCUCUUAUAAACAGGAACAAUAAAAAGAAUCUACAGAUUGUAUAACAAUUGAUGAUUGUUAGUUUUUUAUGAUGAAAUUAUACGAAAUUGUAAAGUAUUAUAGGUGUUUCAACAUCAGCAUUGUAACUGCCAUUUAAACAAUUAGCUAGACGUUAUUUUCUAUAAUGCCAUUCCCUUUCUUCUCUCUUUUUCACCAAACAUUAGAAAUUAGUACAAUUAAUCAAAGAUGUAUCGACAUCGAUGAUUCGUUAGUAUUAUUAUUCUAUUGAAUACUGAUUAAUACUUUACAAAUUUAUAUGUAGAUCAUUAAAAUAUACUAUUUGACGUGUGCGGUUCACGCAUGCUUAGUUAGUGCCUUAUAGUCUAAUUAAUUAAUUAAUUAAUUAAUUAAUUAAUCAGCUCAAGACAGUUCUGUCGAAGAACGACAGAGAUAUAUUUAAUUAAUAAAAUAAUUGAAUUAUCAUAAUUGCAAUACUACUGGACAGUGACAAUAUUAGUAACAUAGUUAAUAAUAUUGUUAAAAUAAUAAAAUGAAAUAAGAUUAAAAAGACGAAGAUAAUGAUAUUAUAAAAAUACUAUAUAAUUUGUAAGAUUUUUUCAAUUUUAAACUUUAAUUAUAUGUAACGUCUUCUAUACGGAAGAUGAUAGAUCUAAGUAUAGUGAACGAUAUUAAUAAUAAUUGAAGAACGCGGCAAUAUAAAAAAUAUUGUCAAACCUUGUUAAAACAACAUAUUUUUCCUCAAGUUUGCAAUAAGCAGUUAAAUUAAAAAAAAAACCUUUCCAUUUAGUGAUAUGUAGUUUACAUGGAAACGAUGUGUUUAAAAUGAAUUAAUAUAAAACUAAUUAUUGCGGUUUCUGUUUGAAACGUGAACACGUUUUAAACAUAUUUAUAAACAUAUUUAUUUUAUAAUCAAAGUAAUAGUAUUGUCGUAAUGAUUGUUAUCCAGCGAUCAUAAAUAAUUACCUUUUAAUAACAUUGAUGUAGUUAUUAAAAGUAAUGAAUAUAUUAAUAUUACCAUAGGAUAAAAAUAAAUAUUCAUUUCCUCUUUAGGGGAAGAGAGCUAUUCAAAAAUUUACAAUUGUACCAAAGUAUCAUUUUGUAUACUAUUGUCAGUUUUCAACAAUUUCUUGGUGCUUAAACUUGUUGGUUUAUUAAUUCUCUUACCAUUACUGUAUAGUGUAUGUAUGUGUUAUCAAAUUCGAAGAAUGUACUUGUAAACAUUAAGAAUUUUUAUUGUGCAAUAUUCUUAUUGUUAUAAACAUUUCUCUAGCGAUAACAUAUACAUGAACAUGUUGUAACAAUAAACGUAUAUAUUUUUAUACAUUUCAUUAGCAUUAAAUAAACAAGCCAGCCACCUUUGAUAAAUAAAACAAGUUGCCCUAUAGCUGAUACGGAUUCCUUAAAUUUAAAAUAUCAUAUGGAACAUCAUAAAAUUGUUAUUUUUCAGUAAAAAGGUAUUAAAUGUGAUUCCACUAUGUUUGUGCAAUAUAAAUUCUUGAUGCUU